AUGGUCGAAUACAGGUUACCAAGCCUGUCGCCUCCGCCAACACCCCCACUGAAGCAACGACUGAGGAAUGCCAAGGCUGGGAAUGGCCGACCAAAUAAAAACCUCCCAGGCGCGUUCCCAGCUUCGCCGCCCAAGCUCACUGCUCUUCUCAAUCCAAGCAAGAAAAGGCUGGCUGAGAGCAAUCUAGUGCCUGGACCCGGCAAAGGCUUCAGGCCUUCCAAAAGAGCAAGAAUCACUCUGGACGAAGGACCAUCAUCCCCAUGGCGAGAAGACCGCCAAAGGGAAUGGUUCGUGAACGUCCGAGACAGGAACAAUAACCUUGUUCGAGCUGUCGCCAAGGAGUUAGCAGAGAAGCCAGGCGAGGUGGAUUGGGAGGCCAUUUACAGCAUGUAUAGAAAGCUUCAGAACCAAUAUUUGGUACGACUGCUCGACUUCACGACGCUAGGCGACAAGACUGGAGCCGAAAGGGGCCCAACGCACUGGGAAGCGUGGGAGUAUUGCGAUGGGAAGCCCAACACGAUCGGCCGAAUCCUUGCUCAAACUCCUGCAGGCGUCGAGGAGCCUUUCGUUUGGCACGUCCUCACUUCUCUGUUGCGAGCUGUACUGUGGCUGCAUGAAGGACGAACCGAAGUUGAUCCAUGGGCCAUGGAAGAACCCAACUGGACUCCCAUCGUUCAUAAUAACAUCAAUCCAGACACAAUUUUCCUGACCGCUCCACGCGAAGGACAGGUCUAUGGACAAGUGAAGUUGGGAAACUUCACACGCUGCAGACUGCUUCACGAGCGGAAUAGCCUCGAACGUCGACAGAAUAUCAAUCUUUUCAAAGCGCCCGAAGGCCAAGGUCAGGAGGAUUUCGAGGCUCCAGAGCUCUCCUGGUAUAUCAGCCGGGAUCCUGAGGUCCUGAACUUGUCUCCUCGCAGCAUGUUGAGGUUUUUGGACCAACGUGGUCUAGAGGACGAAGCAAGCGAGCCUUUCGGAGGCAGAUCCGACCUUUGGUCGAUCGGUGCUGUCGUGGUAGCCCUGAUGGGUGGCGCCUACGUUCCAGAAAGUAGAGAGGAGGUCUAUGAGCCAUAUAGCAAAGCUCGUGGGUUUGCGAUGCGCUCGCUGGAACUGGCGCGGGAAGGCAAGGACCGAUGGCAAGCACAUAUGUUUCCACAGUCUUACAGCUUGAGUCUGCGAGUGUGUCUCGAGAAGCUACUCAUCUUCGAUCCUGCUAAGAGAUUCAGCAUUAGUGAAGCUUUGCACUUCGUGUCAACGAAAUGGGAUAGAUGGAGGAAGCUCGACGCCGGAUGCAAACCUUGGCAGAAACCUGGUGCAAAGAAAGGGCCAGGAUUAAAAGGCAUUCUUAAGAAGGUUGCGCCAGCGUUGCCAAAGGCUAUGCCCUUCUUGGGCGACGACGAAGAAGAUCUGUACACCAGCGGCGCUCAACCUCUGCCAACAGUACCUCAGACCACAACAGAUCGACCUGGUUUCAAGACGUGGAGACAACGAAAUGAGGACAACGAGGCUACUCAAAACCAUCUGGGCUCCCGAGGAUACUUCAAGCCUGGUACAAGUACGACACGGCCGACUAUCGGCUACGGAAGUCUGGCAUGGGCUCAAGCCAGGAGGAGAGAACGAGAAGCUGCAGAAGCGGCGAGAGCUGCAUUGCGUCCAGCAGCGCCAUCGCGUCCAAAGCCCGCGAGAGCGGCACCGCGUGGUCCCGCGGCAUCUCCUCCUACGAUGCCACGGCGUGGUCCUGGGCAAGUAAGAGUUUCCCGAUCAAGUGGGCUUUCGGUUUCCGAUCCACUGCGCUACAGACCAAAGUUGCACGCGAGCGUAAAUACGGAUAGGCGAGAGGAGUUCUUUGGUGGCGGCGGAGACACAGCUGAUGCCGGCGGAGAGGUCACUCAGAAUGACACAUCCAAUACAGAUAAUGAUGCAGCGCUUGCGGCUGCCUUACAGGAGGAAGAGUAUGCCGAACCUGUCCCACGGAGGCGAGGGAGGAGGAGAGCAACUGCUCAAAACCGGCCAACACUGGACACUAUCGCUGAAGAGACCGAGAUCGAUGAAAUAGACGAAUACGAUGAUCCCGUAGGGCAAGAUCUGGCUGCGGACGAGGGGCGGAUUGAUUAUCGCUCGGGUGACUUUGAUGAUGACUUUGUGACUGACGCGGACCAAGGUGACGGCGGUGAAGAGUAUGAGAUGAGCGGUGCGCUCCAGUAG